AUGUAUGACAGCAACUGCAACUACGCACGAUUCUUCUACUCACCUUCUGGAGAUGGAAGUCCGUCACUGUCCGUCACUUAUCCGUCACUGACCUUCACUACCAUCACCAAUCGAGUGGCACUGAAGUUCGUGAACGCUUUUUAUAACUAUUACAGUCAGCCUGGGUUCAGGUGCUACAUUAGCACGUGGCCUGACGCUACCACUACCACGAUUACGACUGGUACGGUUACUCCCUCAACACCAACUACCAAAGCUCCUUCAACUACAGCCCCUACUAAAGCUCCAUCUACUACAACCACUGCCAAAGCUCAGACAACUACAACCACAACUAAAGCUCCUUCAACUAAAACCACUACCAAAGCACCUACAACUACAACCACUACCAAAACUCCUUCAACUAAAACCACUACCAAAGCACCUUCAACUACAACCACUACCAAAACUCCUUCAACUAAAACCACUACCAAAGCACCUUCAACAAUAACCACUACCAAGGCUCCUUCAACAACAUCCACCACUACCUUGGCACCAACAACUGUACCAGGCACCUGUGACUGUGGACGCAAGAAACUAGCAACUCGAGUGGUAGGUGGGCAGGUGGCUGCUACGAACGAGUACCCGUGGAUGGUAGGCGUCCUCGAAGUGGGAGACGCAGAACCUUUCUGUGGUGGAGCCCUAAUCUCAAGCCAGUGGGUGUUGACUGCCACGCACUGCUUGCUGAGUUUUACUGCAGCAAAUAUAGAAGUGGCGCUUGGGGCGGACCAGCUCGGGAUAAACGCUCAGUCUGGCAUACGAGUAAAAGCUUCCCAGCUAAUCACGCAUGCUAAUUACGACCCUAAUAACGUCAACAACGAUAUUGGCUUGAUCAAGUUGGUUACGCCAGUGACGUACACCACCACAAUCUCACCUGUGUGUCUGCCUUUUAAGUUCCCCAACUCGGACUUCAAUGGAACCUUAGGAACGGUAACGGGAUGGGGUACGACCAGUUACCAAGGCUCCACGUCGGUGGCUCUCAGGGAAGUUGACAUACCCAUCCUCAACACGCAGAGCUGCUCCAGUUACUACACGUAUCCUACGGUCCUGACGGACAACAUGUUCUGCACGCUGCAGGCGGGCAAGGAUGCGUGCCAGGGGGACUCAGGCGGCCCCUUGAUGGUGCCGUCUGGGGGGCGUCUGUACCAGCUUGGGAUCGUGUCCUGGGGGAUCGAGUGUGCCACGGCCACCAAGCCUGGAGUUUACACGAAGGUAACCAAAUAUCUUCAAUGGAUCGAAACCAACACUGGGGCGAGCUUCUGCAAGGUCUAAACUAAAGCUGCACGACGCAUUGUAUCGAGAACUUAUCACGCAUCAAUAACUUGAAGGUAUAGAGAGCAGAUUCAAAUUCUUUAAUUAUACUUUACUGAUGAAAUCUAAGAAAAGAGUGAUUUUGCAUAUUUUCAAAAGCUGUGGCCAUGGCAGACACAAUCAAAAAUUAUUUUAAGAAUCAGGUGUCCUGGUAGAAUAAAAAAAUUCCUAGCCUCGAUAGAGCCUUCAAAGGUUAAUUUUUACAAAAUGUCUAGUGUAUACCUGAAAUGUUUAUGAGUGAACCACAAUUUUCUUCCUAUGAUUGACACUUUACAGAAAAUUAUUUUCAAUUCUAACACAACCUCAUGAGCAUUUCGUGACGUAAUUUAGUAUAGGCUAAUGGACUGCAAUGCAGCUGAUAAUUUCAGUGGGGAACCACAUAUUCGGUGAUGCAAAUUAAAUCAUUUCAGUAACUAAUUUAUAUUAAUAUACAUAUCGUAACAGUAAAUGUGGCAUGAUAAAUGUGUUAAGACAAGCAGCAUGCUAGAUCAGCAUGCUAAUGAGCGUGCGCUCUGAUCACUCGUCCUUUAAUUACCAUUACACACGCUGAACAGAAAGCUAUUCUUCCUUACGUUUAUCAAAUGAUAAUGCAUUGUAUCGAGCUCUAUGAAUACAAUUCAUUUCCUUAUUGUGAAGUAUUAUAGCAUUAUUAAUGUAAUAUGCGCACCGAUUUUUUUGUCGUUAUCAUAGACACGAAAUUCGUUUGGAGCUUCCAGAACUCCGUCGGAAUUCGGAUCGAGUGACAGUGACAUUUUAACUAGAAAUAAUGAGUGUGAUGUUAACUAGAACUCUAACGAGUGUGAUGUUAACUAGAACUCAAAUGAGUGUGAUGUUAACUAGCACACUAAUAAGUGUGAUGUUAACUAUAAAUCUAAUGAGACCGAUGUUAACUAGAACUCUCAUAAGGACACCAUUUGGAGUUAAUUUUUGCAGUAAAGGAUAAAUUGUAAAGGAUAAAUAUUUCCGAUAUAAAAAUUUGUUUUAUUCUGCAUGCAUUAAAUUUAUUAAUAAUCAAUCAUUAAUAUAAUCAUCAUUGAUAAAAUCUUUCAGUUCAGGUGGGUUACUAAGGUUUGGAAUAAGUAAGCUGUUUAAUCCCAUGUACUGCUAUAAUGAAAUAAAAAUUUAAUUGAAUAUUGAAGUUCUAAUUACACCUGUCAUUACAGCUUAGUUCUAAUUACACCUGUCAUUACAGCUUAGUUCUAAUUACACCUGUCAUUACAGCUUAGUUCUGAUUACACCUGUCAUUACAGCUUAGUUCUAAUUACACCUGUCAUCAAAGCUUAGUUCUGAUUACACCUGUCAUUACAGCUUAGUUCUGAUUACACCUGUCAUUACAGCAUAGUUCUAACCACACCUGUCAUUAAAGCUUAGUUCUAAUUACACCUGUCAUCACAGCUUAGUUAUAAUCACACACCUACAUAUACCAUUAAAGGGCGCCAGGGAUUUAUUGCAAACAUAUUGCUUAUGAUGUCAUAAUUUUAAUAAAUUUUGC